AGUCUUCAGUUGUACCGAAUCUGUAGAAGCGCGUUUGGCGAACAGCUUUCGUAACAAUUUUCGCGUACCGUCACGCCCUCAAUUACGAACCGAAAUUUUUCGCGCCAACUUUUUAAUUUAGCCGAAAGUUUUUGUUGAGAGUGAACUGGAAAAUGCGAAGUUUGUGAACGUUUGUAUCGUUAGUUUCUGGAAAGUUAUAAGGCUUAAAAAGAAAAUAAACUUCAAAAUCUUCAGGAAAAUUGUAACACCUCCGUAAAGAAAAUUUGUGAAUAAAUAACUUUCGUUCGGAGACUGGUGGAUUCUUCACUAGGGGUUUAGUGAUUCAGUAAACGUGUAUGAUGCAGUGACUUAAAAACUCGAAAAGUUUCUGUAGCUCAAAUUUCCUGAAAUGCAAGCAAAAAUUACUGCAUCUUUGUUCAAGAAUAUCAUGGCUUCACAAGUCUUGUUGAUAAUUGCUGUGUUUAUGGUUGCUGAUUCUAAUGCAUUAAGACUAACAAAAAUGCAAGUUCCUGCCGUUGCUGAUCUUAGAGAAAAUAUGACUCUCGACUGCUAUUUCGACAUGGGGACUGAAGAUUUAUACGCCGUAAAAUGGUAUAAAGAUGACCAGGAAUUCUUCAGGUAUAUGCCUGCUGGCCCUCAGAGAUAUAUCACAUUUCCCGUACCUGGAGUAUAUUCAAAGCCUUCUGAUGCAGAAUGCAGAAUAGGCCGAUGCAAAAUUGUCCUCACCAACUUGUCUAGGAUACAUACAACUGGAUCAUACAGAUGUGAAAUAUCAAGUGAAGCUCCUGCAUUCAGACUAGCAUCAGAAACACAUAAUAUAUCAGUAGCAGCUAUACCGAAGGCGAACCCAAAAAUCGACGGGUUAGUGAAAUCGUACGCAGAAGGUGAUAACUUUUCCGUGAAAUGCACAUCGGAUUAUGCAGAUCCCGAGCCAAUUCUUGCUUGGAAAAUAAAUGGAAACGAUCCUCCAGCCCAUGCCAUAAGCCAUAUUUCCAGUUCAGAGCCGGAUCAAAAUGGAUUAAUAUCUCGUACAAUAUCUCUACGUUUAGUAGUGGAUAAGAAAAUGCCACACGGGAACGACGUCGAGGUAUCGUGUGAAUCGGCUCAACCGGGUAUACCUGAAGCAAAGAAGAUUACGUCCUACAAGAUAGCCAUCAGAAAAGAUGGCGAACCGCAAGUUCUAAAGAAUCAAAAAUGGUACAGCAUAUCGUCGUCGUUCAAAAGCAAUCCCAACUUUCACAUAGCCUGGCUUUUCAUUUGUGUGAUUGUCAUCAAGUGGACAAUUUUGGGUAAUAUGUAAGGUGUAGGUGAAGAAUCUUUUUAUUUGGAGUUCAUGAAGAGUGUGUUAAAGUUAAAUAGACGAACAGAUGGUGCUUUGAGGUUUAUGAUGGUAAUUUUAAUGUAAAAUUAUCAUUUCUCAUGACAAAAUUAUCAUAAACAGUGAUUUGACAUUUGUCAAGAUGAUAUUAAUAAUUUUUCUCUUCUAAGUAUGUGUUAUAUAUAUAUAUUAUCGAAUUAUAAAUGUUUUUUAUAUAAUUUAAUCGCAACUGUAUUAUCAAAUUAUAAUUUUUAAAACCAAAACUGAUGUAUUUUAUGAUAUAUAAUUAUAUGAUUACGUGUAUUUAAAAGAUC